AUGGGCAAGCGCAAGCCGUUCGGUCGCAAGGGUGGCAAGGGCCCCAACGUGUGGAAGAAGCCGCGCACGGAAGACGGCAGCAAGCCGGACGACCGCGAGGCUGGCUUUGGCGAGUGGGUCUACCGCAACGAGUCCUUCGAGGCCUACUACAAGGCGCAGAACAUUGUCGUUGACGCCGAGUGGGACGCGUUCCUCAAGCACUUGGCGGCGCCGCUGCCGACGACGUUCCGCAUCAACAACUCGUGUGCCUACGCCGACAAGAUCCAGGAGCGCAUUGCGACCGACUUCAAGUUUGAAGACUUGGUCAUUGACGGCGAGAAGGUCGACCCGAUCGGCCAAAUGCCGUGGUACCCGGAUGGCAAGGGCUUCCAGUGGACCGUCGAGCGCCGCAAGAUCAAGAAGCUGGAGAUCCUCAGCGAGUUUCAAAAGUGGCUCGUCAACCUCUCGGACGCCGGCGACAUUACGCGCCAGGAAGCUGUGAGCAUGAUCCCGCCGCUCGUCCUUGGUGUCGAGUCGCACCACAAGGUGCUCGACAUGUGCGCGGCGCCGGGCUCCAAGACGUCGCAGCUCCUCGAGUCGCUCCAUGCGGACGAGAGCAAGACGGGCAAGCUCCCGACGGGCCUUGUCGUGGCCAACGACAUUGACAUCAAGCGCGCCUACAUGCUCGUGCACCAGACCAAGCGUGUGGGGUCGCCGGCGCUCGUCAUCACGUGCCACGAAGCUCAAAAGUUCCCGCUCUUGAGCAGCGACGACAACAAGCAGGGCUUUUUCGACCGGAUUCUCUGCGAUGCGCCGUGCAGCGGCGACGGCACCAUGCGCAAGAACCCGCUCAUUUGGCAAAAGUGGAAUGUCAAGAACGGUCUCUCGCUGCACCCGCUCCAGCUCUCGAUCGUCAAGCACGGCGCGUCGUUGCUCAAGGUCGGCGGCCGCAUGUGCUACUCGACGUGUACGUUCAACCCGAUCGAGAACGAAGCCAUCGUCGCCGAGCUCCUCCGCUGGUCCAACGGCGCCUUGAAGCUCGCCGACGUCUCGGAAGUCCUCCCGCGUCUCAAGCGUCGCGCUGGUAUUUCGUCCUGGACGGUCAUGAACCACGAAAUGGAAGUCGUCGGCUCGUACGACGAAGAGGCCGAAGCCAAGCGUGGCCAGUACAAGAAGCUGCUGCCGUCCAUGUUCCCGCCGACGCAGGCCGAAGCCGACGCCUUCAACCUCGACCGCUGCAUGCGUUGCCUGCCGCACGACGAGAACACGGGUGGUUUCUUCAUCUGCUUGCUCGAGAAGGUGGCGCCGACACCGGAAACGCCGGUCGCGCCGGGCGAGGAGUACUUGACGUUCAACGAGGUCGACGAGGUCAAGGCGUGCUUUCAGAUGACGUCGGGCUUUGAGGCCUCGCAGCUCUUUACGCGCUCGGACACAGGCAAGUCGGUGACGUUUGUGACGUCGUCCGUCUCGAGAGAGCUGCUUCCGGCCAUGAAGGCGCGCAACAUGAAGGUCGUGUACGCUGGCAUCAAGAUGUUUGAGCGCCACGACCUUGGCACGGGCACGGGCAUGUACCGCCUCACGCAGGCCGGCACUCACAUUGCCAAGCCGUUUAUGCAAGCGCGCAAGAUUGACGUCAACAACCGUGACUUCCAGUACAUGCUCGAGCGUCGCGGCGACUUGCUGCAAUUUGACGUCUUUUCCGAGUCGCUCAGCGCGUUCUUCAAGAGCGCGCCGCUCGGCAGCUACGUCUGCACGCUGCAGCGCGACGACGGCAAGCCGCUCUCGACGACCGAAGACCAGCUGCUCAACCUUGUGGUGUGGCGCGGCCGCAACACGGUCAACGUCAUGGCCGCCAAGCCCGACGGCCUCGCGCUCACGACGACGCUCAAGGCGCUUGGUCUCUACGACGACGCGCUCGCGGCAGAAGUCGCGGCGCUCAAGGCCCCCACCGAGGCCAAGGAACCGGCUGCGGUCGAGACGACCGAAGAGACGACGGCCGACGUCGACGUCGAGGCUUAA